CAUGGCAGAGGACGCGGGGGGGGCGGAGUUCUGCCUCUCCGCGCUCUAUAUAAGCGGCCAGUGGAAGCGGUUGCGCGCUGUUCCUGACCUUCAGUGUGCCGGCUUCAUCGCAAUGGCGCCCUCCAGGAAGUUCUUCGUGGGGGGGAACUGGAAGAUGAACGGGCGGAAGAACAAUCUGGGGGAGCUCAUCAACACUCUGAACGCGGCCAAGGUGCCGGCCGACACCGAGGUGGUUUGCGCACCCCCCACCGUCUUCAUUGACUUCGCCCGGCAGAAGCUAGAUCCCAAGAUUGCAGUGGCUGCGCAGAACUGCUACAAAGUGGCUAAUGGGGCCUUUACGGGGGAGAUCAGCCCUGGCAUGAUCAAAGACUGUGGAGCCACGUGGGUGGUCCUGGGGCACUCGGAGAGAAGGCAUGUCUUUGGGGAGUCAGAUGAGCUAAUUGGGCAGAAGGUGGCUCACGCCCUGGCAGAGGGACUUGGAGUAAUCGCCUGCAUUGGGGAGAAGCUAGAUGAGAGGGAAGCUGGCAUCACUGAGAAGGUCGUUUUCGAGCAAACCAAGGUCAUCGCAGAUAAUGUGAAGGACUGGGGCAAGGUUGUCCUGGCCUAUGAGCCUGUGUGGGCCAUUGGUACUGGCAAGACUGCGACACCCCAACAGGCCCAGGAAGUACACGAAAAGCUCCGGGGAUGGCUUAAGUCCAACAUCUCUGAUGCAGUGGCUCAGAGCACCCGCAUCAUUUAUGGGGGUUCUGUGACUGGGGCAACCUGCAAGGAGCUGGCAAGCCAGCCUGAUGUGGAUGGCUUCCUUGUGGGGGGUGCUUCCCUCAAGCCUGAAUUCGUGGACAUCAUCAAUGCCAAACAAUAAGCCCCGCCCAUCUCUGCUACCCUUCCUGCUGAGACAGGGACUAGGUAGCUCAGAAGCCCAGUAACUGUACUGCCCCCCCACCUUCACACGUGCUU